GGUCGCUGUUUUGCCAUGAGUGGGCUUUUCACUUGUUUUCCGGUGACAGCAGGGGAAUGACAACACAGACAGUCACGGCCCUUCUUCUAUUCAAGCUGACUGCAAAACAUCGACUAAAACAGGAAGCUGUCAGCCACUGGACUUGGGGAGUUGUGUCUGGGCAAUUUGUACUUUAUGUGCCACUGGGAGCAGCAGCAUGGCAGAUGACAAGGACGUGUUGAGAGACGUUUGGUUCGGCCGGAUCCCCACCUGCUUCACUCUGAACCCGGAUGAGGUUACAGAGAGAGAGGCCGAGCCCUACUAUCUGCUGUUGCCCAGGGUGAGCUACCUGACACUGGUAACAGACAAGGUGAAGAAACACUUCCUCAAAGUGAUGCGACCCGAGGAUGUGGAGGAGAUGUGGUUUGAGUAUGAAGGAACACCACUGAAAUGGCACUAUCCAAUUGGAGUUCUGUUUGACCUCCAUGCCUCCAACACUGUCUUACCCUGGAGCAUAACUGUGCACUUUAAGAAUUUUCCAGAACAUGACCUGCUCCACUGCCCGUCCAAUUCUGUGAUCGAGGCUCACUUCAUGUCCUGCAUCAAGGAGGCCGACGCCCUCAAACACAAGAGCCAAGUUGUCAAUGACAUGCAGAAGAAAGACCACAAACAGCUGUGGAUGGGCCUACAGAAUGAUAAGUUCGACCAGUUCUGGGCCAUGAACAGGAAGCUGAUGGAAUAUCCUGCCGAGGAGGGAGGCUUCAGAUACAUUCCCUUCAGGAUAUACCAGACUUUGAGCGACAGGCCGUUCAUCCAGAAACUGUUUCGCCCCGUUUCACCUGAAGGCAACGCUCACACACUUGGCGACCUGCUGAAAGAGAUGUACCCAGCUGCUUUACCAAACGACGGUGAGCAGAAGCGUUACCAGGUGGUGAUCCACGGCAUCGAACCGCUGCUCGAGACGCCUCUGCAGUGGCUCAGCGAACACCUCAGCCACCCUGACAACUUCCUGCACAUCUGCGUCAUCCCAGCCCCGACUGACUGAGGCCACGCCCACCACACCUCACUGUCAGCGGGACAGCCGACCGACCAGCCAGCCGACCUGCCGGCCGGCCGCGGAGGGCAGCACUUAACGGUGGGAACUCUGAACCAACAGACUCUGUAAGGAGAAGGAGGUCAGAAUCGUGCGUCGAUAAAGAUGAACGAAGGAUGUGAAGGAGGCACUAAACAAACCUCCUUUUCCAUCUGGUUCUUUAUUUAUAUUUCUACUCCUCCCCUUUUCCUCUCAGAAAACACAAGGAUUAAAAGACUUUUAGACUUUAUUGAACAGGUGGCUGAACGAACAGAGGAUCUCUCCUUUUUCUACUCUCACAUCCUCUCCUCCUCCUCCUCCUCUUCCUCUUUAUCUUUAUCUUCUACUCCUCUCCAAACAAGCAAACAUCUCCACGGGAGGAGAGGAAGUGAGCGGAUUCCACAUUUUUCCAUCCUGCCGUGCAUUUUCGUCCUUGUCUAGUCCAAGACAAAGACCGUCCUGUGGACAGGAAGGGACGUCUCUGGUCCUGCUAAAGUUGCCUUAGUUACCACAGUUAUGCAUUUCCAUCUUCUUUCUCAUUCGCCUACAAACACGUCACGCAAAGUUACUGAGUUUACAUAUCAUCACCUUUAAGAAUGUUUUCUGGUUUGCUUUGACUUUUUACUGAGGGUUUUCUGACGGUUACGUUGCUUACAUUAACAUUUGGCUUCACUGGACAAAGUGAGCUGGAUGACGAAGAAGACGAGCUGUUUGGGAGCUCUGAGGAGGGACGGACAUGUUCUCUGUCUCUGGUUUGGACAGAGCGUCUGCGCCACUGUUGAGAUGAUCUUCUAAUUUUGAUAUUUUAAAAAGCAGUUUAACAAGCAGACAAAAUGUCCAAGUGUCACUACCUGGUGCUGCUCCUGAUUUAGUGAUUAAAAUUCUUCUUGAAAUCAAAAACAGUCUGAUCCUUAAAAUUCCAGAAAUUCCAGUUUCAUACAAAUCAGACAAAUGGAAGAACUAGAAAUGACACGUUGAAGUUUGUUUUUUAACUUAUCCUGUUGGUUUAGUGUCUUUGCAGAAGACAGAUUUUGACAGGGUUUGUCCUGAAGGCGAGUCAGCUGUUUAUGAGAUGCAAACACGUUUUGUUCAGGGGUCGGAGGGAGAAACUCUCCCACAGAUCCACACGUUCUCAGUCGCAGGUGUUGCUUUCUCCCCAUCGGUACAACACAGUGGAGCUGUUUUACUGUCAGCUUUGGCUCGAGCCUCUUUGUCUGCCCCCAGACGUAAAUGAGCAUCUGGUUUUGUUUCAUUUUAAGAACUCAGCUUAGAUAAUGAGACAGCAGACGCGAUUAGCAUCAAGUCUGCAGGCUGUCGGGCGGCCACAGUUGUUUCACAUUAAGCUUUCAGUACCAAAGUUUCAUUUGUGGACAAAAACUGGUAAAGACAUGAGUGGCAUGAGUGACACUAAGUUUAGAUGACAACUGAUUACUUUGCUGCCUGUUGAAACCUUAUCUUUUUUUUUCUUUUUGUUUUUAGCAAGGUUUGCUUUGUGCAUCAGCAUCUUGUCAGCAUCUUGUCAUUAUUAUUAUUUUUUUUUACAUCUGUUCAUACUGAAAUAAAAUCACAUUUUGACACUGUUAUCCUGAAUUACUUCAAAUAAAAGCGAGUUGAUUCAAAUAUUUAA